AUGACUCACACCUCCGGAUUGGGCACCGGACCUCCAGGCGUGAAGUUCGAGUACAACAGUGGGGAGCACAUCCAGCACCUCAGUGCGCUGAUCCGGGCCCUGACAUCGGAGCACUACGCCAGCCCCGUCGACUGGGCUGAAGACCAGUUCGCCAGGCCUCUAGGACUUCCAGGGCUCUUCGCCCAUGAUGGCCUGGAUGGAGACGUCUCGAUUGGCGGGGGUCAGCUCAUGAGCUGCCCACAGCUAGCGAGGAUUGGGCAGCUGUUGAUCAACCGUGGGGCCUGGCCCGUCUCUGCCGCCCCAGCCUGGCCACUGGACUGGUUGCCGUGGGCCACCAAUAAGACUUCGGUCUUCCAGCUGGUCAGCAGAGACUACAUCCGUGAGAUGAGCCGCCCAUCUUUUCCACAGGCGGUUUCAACUUAUGGCUUGCUUAUGUGGAUCAACCACGCUGCCGCCCCGGAUGAGACCAGCUGCUGCAUGAGCCUCGAAAGCAAGGGAGCUACGAGGAGAGCUCUCUUCCGACCCACAAAUGAAUGA